AUGUCCUACCUGCAGCAACAGCUCAAGAGCUUCAAUGCAAGCGUGGUCGAGUCGGCAAACCGCUUGCCUCAGCAGCGGCGAGUGGCGGGCAACAACCCUCCAGUUUCCGGCAGCAGUUCCCUCGGACCAUCUUCUACGCCUACGCCUUCAGCCAUCGGCGAUUUAAAGAAGAAACGCCAUGACGCCGACAUUGUCUACUCGCAGCCAGCAAAUACGGGAACGGGAAAAGAUAUCAUGACUCAGGUCCUUUUCGCGAUCGAGCACAUGAAGACGAAGGCCGUCCCGCUGAAGUUUGCCGAUAUUGUGUCCUAUCUAUCACUCCAGCAUCGUGCAAAUGAUCCCGCGUAUGUUCACGCACUUCGCAGUAUUUUACAGCGUCAUGAGAAGGUCGACUUCGAUCCUGCCGGCGCUGGCGGGGAGGGCACGUUCAGCUUUCGACCUCCACACAAUGUACGAAACGCCGAGCAGCUGCUACAAAAGCUCCAGGCUCAGAAGACUGCUGCAGGAAUGAGUGUGCGUGAACUCCGCGAGGGCUGGUUGAAUGUCGAAGAGACGAUCAAUCAGCUGGAGAAAGAAGGGAAGCUGCUUGUGACCAGAAACAAGAAGGACGAUCACGCGAAGAUGGUCUGGGCCAAUGACCCAUCUUUGAUUGAGCACUUCGAUCCUGAGUUCAAACAGAUUUGGGAGAAGAUCAAGAUUCCCGAUCCUCAAGCUGUCAAGGAGGCCCUGGACAAAGCGGGCAUCCUCCCGACUAACAAAAACAAGGUGAUGAAGCCUCGCAUCAAGGUGGAGCAAAGGAAGACCAAGAAACCUCGACGCAGUGGCAAGACAACCAACACUCACAUGCAGGGUAUCCUGCGGGAUUACUCGCACCUCAAGCGAUGA